UUGUAACCCGAUUGAAAUUGUGCGCCUGUUCUAGUUGCGGGGAGGAGUCCGUCUUUUAAGUAGUUGAUUUAGGCAGACAGUGCUUCUGCUCACGAUGUUACAUAAGGGGUAUGCAAGGAGCACUUGAGGGGAGGUUAGGCUAGUCUGCUCGUGUACGCUCUGCAAUCAUACGGACUAUGUCCUCUAGCUACAGCCAACACACGGGACAUGGCUUCAUCAUUUCGGCAGUGCUGCUGCUUUUGCUGCGGUUUGCCUUCAGCAAUGGCAUCAAACACGAUAGAGCAGCCGCGGUCAUGAAAUGCUUUGACGGAGUUGACUGCCUUUCUAAGCGGACAGCAUGGGAGCAUCUCACCGAGGACCUUCCCAGCUGCCUGGUUGCCGCGCGUGUCUGGUGGUCCUCACGGCCUGCAGCCAUUCCCGUCACGCUGGUCACACAGCUCUCUGCGGAGCGACUGGACCAGCUUCGCGCGCAGUGCGCCACCUGGUCCGGCCCGCUGGCCGCAGCGCUGUACCUGCCGCUCCUCAACCCCUCCUCCCAUGAGCUGCAAGACACCAGCCGCCAGAAGCUGCAGGCCAUGAUCGCUAGCGCAGAGGAGCUCUUCAAGGCAUCCGAAACCAACCAACUGCAUACCGUACGCUUAGGCAACCACCGCAGCAGCGAUGGCGCCAUCAGUACCAGCACAAACAGCAGCAGCGGUUCUGGAGGCGGCGGUGCCGGCGGCUGCCAGCUGCGGCUGAUACUGAUCUACGAGCUAUUCGCCGACCCGCGCGCGCUGGUGCUCUACCCCGUUAACUCCCUGCGCAACUACGCGCGCCUGCUUGCUGAUACCGACCUCAUCACCAACAUAGACGUGGACAUGCUGCCCUCUGCCUCCAUCUCAGCAGCCCUAGCCGACCCAGCGCUGCGUGCUACCUACCAAGCGGGCGCGGCUGCCGGCGGCGUGUACGUGUGGCCGGCCUUCGAGACGCACUGCGGCGGCACCUCCUACGCGGACGCUGUCGCGCUGGCGGACAAGGCGGCGCUGCCCGCGGCGCUGCGGAAAUGCCUGCGGCGCAUGCGGCCCAAGGCGCCCGCCAGCCACAACGCCACGGACUACGAGCGCUGGAUGGCGACGGAUGGCGUGUACGACAUACAGUACGGGGCGCUGUACGAGCCGUGGUUUCUGAGCUGGCGGUGGGGCACGUUGUGGUACGACUACAGGUACCGUGGCUAUGGUAAGAACAAGAUCGUGCAGGCCGCCGCCACCAACGCCACCGGCGCCGCCUGGCACGUCUCCCCGCAUGGCUUCCUGGUGCACCGCCCGCACAGCGAGAGCCGCGCGCGCCGCGACUUCCUGCGCGCCAAGUUCAGCCGCAAGGACAUGGAGGACCUGCGAGGCAGCCUGUACGAGCACGUGGAGGCGCUGUGGGCGGGUACGACAGCUGAGCUGGCGGCCGGGAGCUACAUGGCGCGAGUGGAGCGGCCCUUCCAGGCGUGCUUGGAGGCGCUGCCCUGGUGGCGCAAGGAGCAGCGGCGGUAAUAGUGGCGGUGGUGUGCUGUACGGCAUCAUGGGGUUGGCAGUAGCGGUAGUCAGCAGUAGCAGCCAUGGGGGGCACGGAGGAGGCAGGAGUAGCAGAGAGUUCAUAGUAGGCAAUGACUGCGGAAGGGUAAGGCUAAGGAAGGGCAGCGGCUGGCCCAGUCGUACAGGGUCAAUGAAGGAAGCGGCUGGGUUUCUGGAAGCGGCAUGGGAUAUAGAUCUUAGGCUUCACUACAUCUCGCAAGGCUUUUCGCGUGAGGCAUGAGGCAUGAGGCAAGAGAAGAAAGUCUACGCUGGUGGCCCUGUGCACGGGGUUGGCGGGUGGCGGUGGUGGCGACGUUCUUCGGUGUGGGUGGGGGUUGGCUUGGGUGCGGUCAGUGCUAUCUGGCGGUGUGCAUGCAUGCGCGCAGGGCAGAUGGUGCCUUGUACAUAUUCUUAUAGCAAUCUGCCCCAGCUUACGUGCCAUGGGCUGCCGGUAUUUGCUGAACGACUGCGGCGUGCGAUAUUAACAUAUUUGCUCUAUGCUUUUUAGUACACAUCGAUGGGUGUGACGUGCGGGCCUGGGAGCGCAUUACAGGAACGGGUGGUCUUGCUAGGCACUGAUGUGGUUUAGCGGUGAUGCGUCAUUUAGUCUAAUCUGCCCUACGUGGCCUAAGGAGCGUGGGUGGCUUGCAAAUAGCAUGCAGCCUCUGUUUGCCAUUGUACACACCCCAUACACAGGGGGCGUGCGCUACAAGCGUUGUACCGCCGCGCUGCUGCGAAGUGGGCCGCCGGCGUCCUGCCCACGAAGGCCACGAUGACUUUUUUGAUUUCCAUAUGCCCCUGAUGGUCAUGGUUUAAAGCGGUUUGCUGGA